AUGACUUCUAGAAGCUGUAGCCGCCUAAAUACGCCAUUGGCAGCCACCACCACGCUGGAGGAUCCCGGUACACCAGCCUCCUGGAAGGGCCCGCCGCCCGGUUCGGAGGCAUCGCCUUUUACGCCCAAUUCCGUCGGUCAGGGUGGUGGUCCUGGCUCGGGUCCAUACAACAAUACAGGCGGUCCACCCAGUAAUGCGGGCUUUCAAGGUCCAAGUCCGUUUCCCGGCAGUGCCGGGAGUCCAGCGGGGGCACCGCCAUACCAAGGCCCGCCGCCUGGUUCGGCGACGCCACAGUACACCGCCUCCCCCGCGCCUAGCGGUUCCUCGACACCCGGUCCUGGACCACCACCUAAUUCCACCGGUUUUCCACCACCUCCGAACAAUUCUGGUCCACCGUACAAUGGGCCCGGGCCCAGUCCGUUUGGAUCACCCUCUGGUGCGCCACCGCAAUUCGUUGGCCGACCCGGCUCCUCGGGACCACCGUUUGUACCACCUGGUGCCGGUAAUCCGCAUUUUCCCUCGCAUGGCCAACCAUUUGGCGGACCACAGUACGGUAUACCACCUGGAAGUCCUUUCGGACCAGGAGGACAUCCUAUGGCUGGACCUAUGGGGCCGGGACACCCGGCGAUGAUGGGACCCGGUGGUCCUGUUGAUAGACUAGAUCAAGGGUAA